AUGGAAAACGAGAUCCAACAGCUUCGACAAGCUCUGCUUAAUUCAACUCCGAGCACUUCAUCCUCGAACCAAUUUCGCGAGAGAAAUGAUGACGUACCUAAUCCUAGUGACUGGGAGGCUCAACUGUCUGAUUCCCCCUCUGAAACAGUUAACCCUCCUCCGAUACCCUUCCUCGCAUUACCUCAACAAAGCCCCGGAAGGACACCAGCAACUUCCUCAUCUGCACCGUACAGAAUUCUUGGUGAUGUUGGCCUCACAAUUGGCCAGGUGACUGAACAUUUCAAGACUUAUUUUGGUCGUUGUCACCGAUACUUGCCGUUCAAGAUGAGGGCCCACUCUGCUGAUGAUAUCUACUCCAAAUGUCCUCUCCUGUUUUGGGUCAUUUGUGCAGUAACUUCCAGCUUGAAAUCCCAGUUCCAGCUCGCACCCAUGAUCCAAGCCAUGAUUGCAGAUAUCCUUCACUCCAGCGCACAUUCAAUCGAGACAGUCCAGGCGCUCCUCAUCCUCUGCAUGUGGCCGUUCAGGAUUACGAAGUUGAUUGAUGACCCAUCAUAUUUCUAUUGCGGUCUCGCAACUCAAAUCGGUCUACAACUUGGUCUCCACCGUCCAAAUCAAACACAUUCACACCAUUAUAGUGCAGAAACCAAUUCAACUGGCAAAGAUGACGAGGUCAAACUGACCACUUGGCUAGCCUGUUUUGUAGUAAAUCAAAUGCAAUCAAGCUGCCUUGGGAUACCACCAUCGACGUCGGCAGACUUUCAUCUACUAAAAUCGUUUGACAAUCCUGCAGUCGAUUCCGAUCUGUCUCAACUUUGUCGCAUUUAUCAACUGCUCAGUCAAUCCACUCUGGCUAUAAGUGUGAAUGGCUCGACUCCCUCGGGAAUGCUCGAAUCGGACGCCCGCCUGAACAUGAUGAAGCUUUGUGGCGAGCAGCUUUCUGAACUGCAAGUUCAACACCUUGAGAACAUGAGCAUUGUUGUCAAGAUUCAUUUCCUGUGCUCGAGACUCCAACUGUGGUCUUUUGCACUCCUCGGUGAUAUGUACAUGUCAAAAGAGUUGCAGGAUAUCAUCAAAAAGGCAGAAGAUGACGCGUGUGAAAUCAUCGAACUUUGCUACGGCAUGAAUCUCACCGUCGCUCCGUACCAUAUCUGCCGAGCGAUAUGUUACAGCGCUGUUGCACUGGCCCGAAUUAUCCGGCUGGCGCAAACCACACGGAGCGAGGUCCUUGAAGAUAUCAUUGAACGUGUUCGACAUGCACUGAGUUCGGCUUCAAGCUCAGAAGACGAUAUCAUUAAUAAAGCCUCCGUGAUGUUGAGAAAGCUGCCAUAUUUGGAGGAUAGAAGACGGUCUCCUCCAAUCUUGUCUCGGAUGGGAGCUUCACUUUUAUACGACUCGAUGAAAAUGUGUUGGGAGAAUUCGCAUGAAAGUCGUCCGAACGAUCAACUUGAAAACAUUAGUCUUGAUGGAUUUGACUGGAGUAGUCUAGCCCUGUAG